CACAAUCAUAAUCGUCACUACACACCUCACCCCUCCUAUGCUUAUAUAUAUAUUAACAUUUUCUUUUUCUUUUUCCUAUUUUCCCGCAUCCAUCUUUAAUAAAAGGCGCCUCUUCUAUUUCUAGGGUUCUCUCUCUCCUUUCUCUCUGCGCGAUACCAAAUCAAUUUUAACCAAUUUUUCGUUCUUCAGAUUAACAAUUUCUUCGGUUUAUAAAUCUGAAUGUUGUUGGAUCUAUCUAUCUGAGAGAUUUAACAUGAUGAAGCGAGCAAGGAAAUCUAAUAGGGUUUCGUGGGCUUCUCCUGCUAAUCUAUGCCAGGUCAAAUUGUUCUUGUCCGAAGAUUACCCGUCAAAAGUUGGUCUGAAUUUACAAGACAGUCUUGAAGCAAAGGCGUCAUCAAUGUUGUGUUAUAGUACUAAUGAAUCUAUCGAUUUACCUCCUGGGUUCGAAAGCGGUCAUUUCCCUAACCAAUCGAAGGUUCAAUUCUCCCACAUUCCUAAGAUAAAAUGGGAAUGCCCUCUCUCGUUUGUGUUCAGUCCUAAUUGGCUAGUUGCAGCUGGGCAAGAAAGUAGGGAGAAAGAGGUUCAGAAGCUGAGAGAAAUAAGAGUGCUUGAAGCAGUUUAUCCCCGACCCUCUGCCAUUCCUCCUAGCCCUUCUGUUUCUUUGGAUGUAGAAGAAGAAGAAUAUGAUGAUAACAGUACUCCUCUCAUCCCCAUCAUUCCCAUCGAGGAGGAAGAGUCUAUGACUAAUUUGCCUGAAUUAGCAGCAGCAGUGAACACUCAUCCCAAUGUUCAGCCACAGAAUUUGCAUCAACACAUGUCAGCAACAACUUCCAUUAGUUCAGACCGUAACUCCUCCCGUACUGUCUCCUCAGAUGCUCGUCUAAUGCCCUUAGCAGGGGUAUCUUCUAGUUUGGAAGCUGACGCAGCUGCAGCCUCUGAAGUUGUGGCGGCCAUCUUGAAGAGUAAUGAGCAAGCGGGCUUAAUUGACAUGGAUCUACUCGUAAAAAUUUUAAAUGACCCAAAAAUGAUUGAGAAUUUGAUCAAUGAGCAUGGAGUUGCCGCCACCACUGCAAGUUCGUCCUCAAAUUCCAUGGUUACACCCACUUCUGGAUUGAAAGCUGCUUCUACACUCGAUGUGGCAGCUUCUAGGAACUCACAUACUAGUUCUGUGGGUUUUUCUGGGUUGAAGCCUGCAAUUCCAUCAGUUUCAUCUUUCAAUCCUACAUCUGGUAAGCCAACAACUCUGUUUGCUCCUGCAAUUCCAUCGUAUUCAAUUGUGUCUUCUGCACAUGAUAAGCCAGCAACUGCGUCAGCUCCAUUGUCUAGGCCAGUAUCCAGUAAACCAAUAUCCCCCUCUGUUUUUAUGUCCACACCUACACUUGAACCUCAUAUGCCCAGACCUGUCAACAAUAAUUUUCACAUGUCAAGUCCAAUGCCAACUGCAUUACAUACUCAGCCUCAGCUAGAUUCAUUUCUGGCAUCUGGGGUGAAGCGAUCUGCAUCUUUCACUUUUUCUUCUAGUGAACAAAGCACAGUUCCAUUGCCUCCUUCUGGGAACUUGCAUACUGUUUUGAACAAUACACAACCCACUGCUAGUACAAAGCCUUAUCAAACAAGUUCAGGUUCAGCAUCUGCUGUAAAGGAUGUCAACUAUUAUAAAAACCUCAUUAGGCAACAUGGUGCAGAUGGACAAGAUAAGCUGGACUCACAAAUAGGUAGCCAUCAUAGUAACUUCCAAGAUAUGAAAUUGGCACAUAACAAUAAUCAAGGGGAAGUCAAAUACAAAAGCAAGAAACAAUGCAUUUACUUUAAUAGCUCGAGGGGGUGCAGGAAUGGUUCCGAUUGCCCCUUUCAGCAUGAUGUUUCAGCUGAGUCGGGAGCUGGUAACUUCCUAGGGGGGCAGAGUGCUAAAAGAUUUAAGUUGUGAAAUUUAGGAGAGUGCAUAAUUCUAAGCAGCAAUUUUCAAUGGUAAAAACUAUAAAUCUUUUUUAAACCCUGUAAAGAACAUGGAAACUGAGAGUAGGUUGAAACAGUACAGGGAGUGGGAGCAUGAGUGCAAAAAUUGCUUAAGUUUUUGUGGCUGUGGUAUGGAAUUGGUGGCCAGUUUUGGUAUGAUUGUGGGUCCUACAAUUGGGUCCAAGAUUUUGAUACUUUUGACAUGUCUGUUGGUUCCUUAAACCGACAGUUAGUGUGUUUUAGACAAAUUGGUAUUUUCUAUUUUUGCAGUUUGGUGAGACUGUGCAGCCUGGAUCUGGUGAAGUGGUGGUCAUCCAUGGAGUACAUUGGCCAAUGGGUACUCAUCCAUAAUUUUCAUAGCACUAUAAGAAAAAACUAUACCGAAAAAUAAUUAAAACAAGGCAAGAAUUUAAUUUUUUUGAAAAUUAUAACCUUAUACUGAUCAAAUAAAAUAGAUUAAUAUGGGAUGAAUAAUUUAUUAA